AUGGGAUCGAAGAAAAACGAGUUGGAUUCUAAGACCAGAUUGGAGGUGUUGGACGAAAUAGAUAGAUUGGGGCUCUUGAAACACAUGGACGCUCUUAUUGAAGAAACUAGUAGAAAUGAUAAUCACCGCCAUAAUAUGUCUGACCCCAAGAUUCCAAUAUACUUGGAGUAUUUUUUCAAGAAUCAAGGAUACUCCGAAGGGGGCAUUGGAAAGCAUUCCCUUCAAAGUAAUAAUGAGUUGAAUGAAUAUCAUAUAUUAGAGAAUAAUGACCAAAGAAAAUUCUAUCGUCAAUUAAGAACUAGCUUGGAACAUAAGAGUCUUUUGUGUAAGGUCUGCACUGGCAAAAACAGAAUGAACAGUUCUUUUCAUAUCGAUCCUUUUUUUUUGGGUGUAUGGUACCUUCAUGGUGAUAACAAGUCUCUGAAAAUCAUCAGCAACCCUUCCGAUAUUCGUUCUGUUAAAGAUUAUUAUGAUCAUAUAAAUUCUUCCUCAAAAGAAGCUCCCCCGAUAAAGUAUCAAAUACGUAAAUUUUCGGAAAAAUUGUAUUCCAUUGAAGUGAUUGAAGGAGAUAUUAUAGACACAAAAUUGAAAAAUUAUGGGUUGUUCGAAAAAAGAAAGAUCCCGCCCGAAUAUGUGAAUAACCCGAUAUAUAGAGCAGCUGUAUUGGGAGGAUUUCUUGCUGAUGAUCACAACAAAUUCAAGAUUUUCAAGUGUGACGGAGAAAUCUUAAACUUAUUAUUGGCGAUGAAAUUGAAUUUCUAUUUCGAUGAUAAGUAUGGGGAUAUAUGUAUUAUUGAAGACGACAUAUUCUUUUCACAAUAUCGAUAUUAUAAGGAUAUAAGUCACUUGAAGCCAAAGAAUAAUAACCGCACUUCAAAGUCUUAG